AUGAGCAGCGAAGAUUUAUUGACGAAAUUCGACGAAUUGGUGAAGCGAUUCAAAGAGGAAUUCAACACGAUUAUCCAAGGCGAACGAGCAAAAAUGAAGGCGGAAGUGGAACAGUAUAACGCAGAGAAGAAACGAAUGAAACCGUUUGAAGUUAGUGACGAUGAUAUAAUACUUCUGAACGUCGGGGGACAAAAAUUCACCAGCACAAGAUCUACUUUGUGUCAAGUAGAAGGUUCCUUACUUGCCACCAUGUUCAGUGGAAGGUGGGAAGAUGGUCUCAAGCGUGAUGAAGAUGGCGCCGUCUUCCUUGACGUCAACCCACAAUAUUUUAGUUAUAUUUUGGAUUAUCUUCGCACGAAGAAAAUUGCGUCGCCAGAGAACUCUGCAGAAUUGCCAAAAGUUCCAAGAGAUCAAGUGAAAAAUUUCAAAACUCUUGUCGAGUAUCUCGGCUUGAGUGAUGAAAUCGCAGUGCCUGUUGAAGAGACUGUUGAAAUCGUCCCAACUGAGGUUGUGCCCAGCGAGAAAUUUAAUUUACACAGCCCUGGAAUUACUCUUCAGGAAGACGCGAAAGUGGCAGUUCACGGUCCAAAU